AUGGCAAAGAAGUCCCAAAGACGCACUGUGCGGUUUGAGAAAGAUAAAUCGGGCUGCAUGUGGGGUUUUAUUAGUAUGUUUGAUUUUCGCCAUGGUCACUCCACUAGGAAGAUGAUUGCAGAUAAGAGGCGAACCAGUAAGCAUGCUGCUGGGGCCAUAAAUUCUAAGACCAAGUUCCAAUUGAGCAAUUUGGAUGAAGUUUGUCAAGACAGUUCUGACAGUGGAGAGAGUAGAAGACCAACAGUUGUGACUGCUGCUAAUAAGCCUAGCGUGAAGAAACUCAUUGAAGAAGAGAUGUUCUUUGACCAGAAUAAAAUGAAGGAUACAGAUAGUCAUCAAAUAGAAUCAAAGGAAUCCAAAUUAAGGCGUGAAGUCCUUUUGAAGUUAGAUUCCAAAAGAAAAAAGAAAUUUUACAAGAAAAACUGUGAUAAGGACACCAAUGAUAUAAAUUUGGAUACAAGGUCAAAAUUUGAAAUCACAGGUAAUCAGCACUCAAGGAAGCAAUCCAAAGAUAAUUUUGAUCUUGAUAAGAUGAUUGCAGAAUUUUGUCAUCUAAAAGAUGUUUGUUCCAUGAUGCAUGGCAAUGAUGUAGAAGUAGAAGUUGAUACACAAUCAAACCAGAAGCGAGCUAUUUCUGAAAAUGAAAAAGAAGCAAUAUGUGAAUUUGUGAAUCAGAUGAUAUUAAAUGGUAAAGAUCCAGCUGAAGCCAGAAAAUUCCUUUGCUCCCAUCAACUUGGGGAAACUCUCCAACUUUUGAGUUCAGAUAUGGAAUUGUUUCUUUCACUGCUACAAAAUCCGAAUUCACAUUUGUUGAAAUAUGUUCAAGAGUUUAGGAGUUCUCAGGGAACAAAUGAAAAAGAAUAUGGUUGUGUAACUGGUUCCAACUUCUCCGAACAACAAGAUCAUGGAAACCUGAAACAAAAUAGUGAUCUAGUCAGCCAUAAGAAGCAUAACUUUUUCAGAAAAAAGGUGAAGUCUCAUUCAAAAAGUUCAACAAAUGAAAAUGGGAACACUAAUUUGUCAAGUAUUGUUAUUUUGAAACCUGGGCAGAUGGGCUUGCAAAAUUCUGAAACUGGAAAAAACCUUGCCUCAUAUCAAGACUCUCAUGAUGUUGUCAAAUACAAGGGUCCUUCUGUGAGAGGUAGUUCACAUUUUUCUCUCACAGAGAUAAAAAAGAAAUUAAAGCAUGCAAUGGGAAGGGAGAGACAUGGAAACCUUGAAGGAAUCUCAGAAAGACACCCUACUUUUGAAUGUCAAAAUAGGAGGCAUAGCAACAAAGCCAUUGGUAAAGACAAUGUUGGAAUGAGAUCUCCUAAUAAAGAUCACUUUUUCAUUGAAAAAAUUGUAAGACCUGCCACUGGUGUAUUGAAAGGAGGCAAGAUUGGUACAACUAAAGAUUUUGAAUUGACUGUGGAACAUGAAAAUGGUAACUAUCCAAAACAAAGGGUUUCUAACUUAUAUAUUGAGGCUAAGAAACAUCUAUGUGAGAUUGUAGGUAGUGGAGAUGAGAAAAUAGACAUGUCAAGUAGGCAGAUUUCCCGAACCCUUGGGAAAAUACUAUCUCUUCCUGAGUACAACUUUUCUCCCCUUGGCAGUCCUGGAAGGGAUUGGGAGCAUCAUUUUGUGACUGCACAGACAAGAUUUUCCACGUCAGAUAAAAUUUGGGAUGCUAAUAAGGAUAAUUUGUCUCCCAAACAAGGAGCCUUUGUUGGUCAUUUAGAUCAGGAAGCAGACAAUUCAGAGAAGCAGUCAAUAAUUUGUGAUGAAAACUCUAUCAAUAAAGUACAAGAAAUUAAGUCAGACUCAAAUUUCACAGACGACCUUUGUCAUGUUGAUGAAGUAGAAAAUUGUUCUCCUGUUAGAGAUGAGAUAGUAACUGAAGGUGAUGUAGAAUCUGCAAAAGAGGUGAUUGUUUUGGAAUCUUCCUCACAACCAGUUGACCUCAGUGCACGAAAGGAGGACCAAAACUAUGGUCUCUCAGAAAGUUCUGAUUGUACAAGAUGCUCUCAAUGUUCAAAGCAGGAUGUAAAAGAAGAAAACAAACCAGCAUCUCCACUGUCAUCCCCCCCUUACUCUUCCAUCACUAGUGUUACAGAUAUAUCUGGGAGGCCAAGUCCUGUAUCUGUUCUUGAUACACCGUUCUUAGAAGAUGAUGUUCAGCCUGUUGAAGUACCAGUACGACCACUGAAUUUUGUAGAACAAUGCUCUUCACCUUUGAAUGAAAUCAAUAGAGAAAAGUAUUGUCUUAAAGAAAAUGAAUGGAUAUAUGAUUACAUCAAAGCAAUCCUGCAAGCCUCUGGAUUGACUAUAGAUCAAUUAUCCACGAAAUGUGUUUCUUCAGACAAGAUCCUAGAUCCUUCCUUGUUUGAUGAGGUAGAGUUCUUACCAAGCCAGCAUUGCCAUGAUCAGAAGCUCAUUUAUGACUGUGUCAAUACAGUUCUCAUGGAGGUUUGUCAGAAUUACUUUGGGGUCUCACCUUGUGUGUCAUUCAUAAAUCCUGGCAUAAGGUCUUCUCCAAACAUGAAGAAGGUUAUUCUCAAGGUUUGGGAAGGAGUGUGCUGGCAUUUCCUUCCCUUGCCCCCACCACGUACCUUGGACAAAAUUAUUAAAAAGGACAUGGAUAAAAAUGGGGCAUGGAUGGACCUUAGACUUGAAGCUGAAACAAUUGGUUUUGACAUGGAAGAAGCAAUUCUUGCAGAACUGAUGGAAGAUACAAUACUAAGCUGUGUAAGCAAAAGUUCACAAGUUGUUUGUUCUCAGCUUCAAUUUGAAUUUAAGGACAGUGAAAACACCACAAAUGUGUAA